CCUAUUCCCCCCCCCCUUUCCCCUUCCCAAAGGCUAGCAUGGCCUGGGCCUGGAGGCGAGGGGGGUAGCCAGCCUGGGGCCUCCGGGAGCCCCCUCCCAGGAAGGGGAAGCAGGGACAAUGGAGAUCUCGCUGGGCCAAUGGAUCCUCAUCCUGAUCCUGGUGGUCGUCCCCCUUCUUUACGAAUGGAGCACCACCUUCAAGUACUUCUGCAAGAUGGCGUUCUACAAUAGCUACAUCCUCUUCUUGGCUGUCAUCGUCAUCCCCAUCUGCGCCAUCCGGGGACGCAAUGUGGAGAACAUGAAAAUCAUCAGAUUCAUGUUGCUGCAUAUAAAAUACCUGUACGGGGUCAAGAUCGAAGUGCGAGGGGCAGAGAGCUUCACCAUCAAGGAGCCUUAUGUGAUUGUGUCCAACCACCAGAGUGAGCUUGACUUGCUCGGGAUGAUGGAGAUUCUGCCAGAUCGGUGCGUGCCAAUUGCCAAGAAGGAACUGAUGUACAUGGGUACGGUGGGCUUGGCGUGCUGGCUGGGGGGCAUCAUCUUUAUCAACCGCAAGAAGACAGACGACGCCAUCAACGUCAUGUCAGAAGCUGCCCAAACAAUGUUGACUGAGGAUGUUCGGGUCUGGGUCUUCCCAGAAGGCACUAGGAAUCACAGUGGCUCUAUGCUACCCUUCAAGAGGGGCGCUUUCCACCUGGCUGUGCAAGCGCAGGUUCCUGUCAUCCCAGUCGUGAUCUCAUCGUAUCGGGAUUUCUACAGUAAGAAGGAAAGACGCUUCACUACAGGGCGCUGCACGGUCCAGAUCUUGCCUCCCAUGCCCACGAAGGGGCUCAGCGCCGACGACGUGCCGGCCCUGACGGAGCAGGUGCGCCAGGCCAUGCUUGUUGCCUUCGACGGGCUCUCGGUGGAGCUGGGUGCCCCCCAGUGACCCCCUUCUCCUACUUCUUUCCCCAACUUCCGGCCCUAGAGUGCUACGGGGUGGGACUGGGAGCAGCGCACGCCCACAGGCAGCCAUGGAGACUGGGCCAGGAUGGAAGAGGGUGCGGCACCUACCCCAGCAGCAAAGCCAGGACCAGGAGCUAUGGAUUAGGCGUCUUGAGGGGAGCGUCCACACUAUGAUCAAGCAUGGAGAAGAUGAUGAUGGUGGUGAUGAUGAUUGGGGUGGAGCUUUACAUGGUCACACAAAUACACGAGGAGCCACGUGAGCAGAGUUGAUCCCAGCCACGCCCGUUACCAUCUUGAGUUUUGUACCAGAAGUCUAGCCUCUUCUCCCCUCCUGGUCCUCCUCCUCUUUUCUCCUGUGUAGGUGGUAUGGUCCUUCCCAGCCUCCUCCUCUCUGCUGGUGUUUCCUUCUCUUCCCCCAUAUGCCCCGUUUUGUUAGUCUGAACUGCUCCAUUUUGAGCUUCUUGGACUCAACCACUCCACUCCCCGUCUGGGGGAGGAUAGGACGGAGCUGCUCAAUAGGCACUGUAAAAAACCGAAGCACUCCUUGAAUCUUGAAGAAGGAGCUGUGG